UCCUAUUUUUUUUUUUUUUCCUUCGUUUAGUUUGUUUUGAAAAAAAAAGGGGAGAAAAAAAAGUUCACACACACUCUCACUUUAGUAUUCUUCCGGGGUUUUCUGAUCUCUUCAUAAGUUUUCUUCUUCAUUCAAAGGGAUUGUUGUGUGAAUUACUAUAGACUUUAUACAGAAAAACCAAAAAAAAAAAAACAAAAACCACCGCAUAUUAGUGAACAGAUUGAUUGUAAGAGAAAGAAAGAAGGGUAACGAAAAAACAAAAAAGGAAAAAAAAAUUGGAAGGCCAUUAGAGAAGAAUGUUGGCAGGGUGUUCUUCUAGUUCGACAUUGCUAUCGCCGAGGCACAGAUUGAGGAGUGAAGCACCAGCACAGUUCCAGGCUUGCCAUUUCCCUAUGAGCACACAGAGAUUGGACCUUCCUUGCAGUUUCUCCCGGAAGGAGACUUCGCGGCCGCCGCAGCCUAUUAGGCCACCCGUUGUCGGCCUUUCUGUGGAGAAACAGAUCGAAUUCGAGUCUAAGAAGAAGAAGAGCACCGCCGCUUGUUCGCUGAAGCAGAGCAUCAGGCUGCCGCCUCUCGCUACAACGGCGGCAACCGUGCCAGCGCAGAAGGAGACGAAGAGCUUGAAGAGGCAGGGGUCAGUGGAUGAGUCAGUUUUAAGCAGCAGAGCCAAGAGGAUAAGGGGUUUUCAAGAUGAUCAUGAAGAGGAGGAAAUUUUGAGGAGUAGUUUAGGCCAAUUGGGUACUACCGGAAACUUUUGGCUGAACCCUCAAGUUCCUUUCUCUUUGACAACAUUUUCAGGAGGCGAAGAAGAAGAAGAAGAGAGGGUUUGUUAUGUGUCGUCUCCAACUUUGCCACCAUUGUCAAACAAUGCUUGGUUGGACUCAGUGGUGACCGAGAUCACCGAGGGCGAGACUAGCCACGGGCACGGGCAGGGGAGGGAGACCUCUGGGGCAUCUAGCGCUUCCUCGGAGAGCCAGAGAUUGGCCCUUAGGCUCAAUGAGGCUGUUCCUGAGUAUGAAGUCGGAAAUGGGUCUAGUAGAAAUCCUUACUAUGGAGGUUCCGGAGUUGUGGAGGCAGAGGAGGACGAGGACAUUCGGAUUCGAGGCGAGAAUGAGGGGUUUGAGCUGAUCAGUUUUCUUACUGCUUGUGUGGAGGCAAUUGGGUCGAAAAGCGUUCAUGGGAUUAGCCAUUACAUUGCCAAGUUAGGCGAUCUUGCUUCUCCCAGAGGAAUUAGUCCUUUAAGUCGCCUGACGGCUUACUACACAGAGGCUUUAGCGCUUCGAGUUGCGAGGAUUUGGCCACAGAUUUUUCACAUCACGCCUCCGAGGGAGUUUGAGAGGCUUGAUGAGGACUCUGGCUCUCCAUUGAGGUUUCUUAAUCAGGUUACACCAAUUCCCAAGUUCCUUCACUUCACUUCCAAUGAGUUGUUGCUGCGGGCUUUCGAAGGGAAGGACCGGGUUCACAUCAUCGAUUUCGACAUCAGGAAAGGCUUGCAGUGGCCUAGUUUGUUUCAAAGCUUGGCUUCUAGGACUAAUCCUCCUAGCCAUGUCAGGAUCACUGGUAUUGGAGAGUCUAAGCAAGAGCUGAACGAGACAGGAGAUAGGUUGGCCGGGUUUGCAGAGGCGCUAAACCUACCGUUUGAGUUUCACCCGGUUGUGGACAGGCUUGAGGAUGUUAGGCUUUGGAUGCUUCAUGUCAAGGAGCAGGAGAGUGUGGCUGUGAAUUGCGUCUUUCAGCUUCACAAGACGCUUUACGACCCCAAUGGAGGCGUUUUCCGCGACUUCUUGGGGCUAAUUCGGAGCACAAACCCGACGGUCGUGGUUAUGGCAGAGCAGGAAGCAGAGCACAAUGACCCCAGGUUGGAAGUAAGAGUGUGCAAUUCUCUCAAGUACUAUUCGGCAAUAUUCGACUGCAUUGAUGCUAGCCAGCUUCCGUUGGAUAGCGGCGUAAGGAUCAAAGUGGAGGAGAUGUUCGCGAGGGAGAUAAGGAACAUUGUGGCGUGUGAGCGCGGGGACAGAGUUGAGAGGCACGAGAGGUUCGAGAAGUGGAGGAGGAUGAUGGAGGAAGGAGGGUUCCGAAGCGCGAGGAUCGGGGAGAGGGAGGUGAUGCAGAGCAGGCUGCUGUUGAAGAUGUACUCUUGUGAGGACUACAAUGUGAAGGAGCAAGGUCAAGAUGGGGCUGCAAUCACACUUGGGUGGCAAGAUCAGCCUCUCUUCACGGUCUCAGCAUGGACACCAGUUGAUCUUGCAGGAAGCUCAUCAUCUUUUUCGCAACCGUGUUGAUUGAUGAUGAUGAUCAUGAUGAUGGGGAUUUUUCUUCUUCUUUUCUUCACACAAAAACAUACACCAUAUUCCAUUGUUGUUGCAUACAGAAAAAAAAAAAAAAGGAAAAACAAAAGCGAUACAGAAUUCUUUGUAGGUAGGGGGGAAAAUCUAAGUCAUUCUUUCAUUCUUUUCUUGCAGAUAAAAAGAAAAAAAAAGAGUCAGAACCAUUUAUUUGUAUUAAUACAGCAGUAAGGGAAAUACUGAUUUCAAUUUCUUUCCUAGAUUCAGGGAUUAGUUCUAG